CCUCUUGAUCUAAGAAAUUCCUAGUACAUCACCUCAUCCCUUCUUGGCCAUGGUAACCCUUCUUCCUCUGCCUGUCAUCUUCCUUUCUCUAAUCACCUCUUGUAAUGGCAGCAGGAGCAUUACAAAUCCAAACAAAAGCUUCAUCACAUCCAGGGUCACCUACUCUUUCUAUACGAAAAACACCACCACCACCAUGUUUUACACACUUGUAGAGGAAUCAAGUGUUCCUUCAUCAGAUCAGACAUUUCGUAUCAAUCCUAUAGGAGUUGCAGCUGGUUUUCUGAUACCUCCUAUACUUUUAUUUCUGUGCUGGUUGGCUGUAAAAUAUUGCAGGAGGAACAAAAGCUGCAACAAAGUUGGUGAUGACUCUCGGCCUACAUUUUUCAGCCCACUGAUCAGGUCCAUUGACCUCUCCUUCUUUGAAAUGCUCGAGCAAGGUGGCCUCCAGUUGGAGAUCGUUGGUCGUGGAGGGUGCGGUGAGGUCUACAAGGCUGAGUUAUGGAAUGGUGAGAGAAGAUUAAAGAUUGCAAUCAAGAGGAUCGUGCAACCAGAAAUUGAUGCAGAAGAGCUCUGUGAAAAGGAAACCAAAUUCCUGAACUUUCAGAUGCUGCAAAUCAGAUCAGAGAUCCAAACAGUUGGUCAAUUGGGACACCCAAAUAUUCUGCCUCUCUUAGUUCAUGUGUCACGGCCUAAUUACCACUACCUUGUCUACGAGUUCAUGAAAAAUGGAAGCUUGCAUGAUGCUCUCAAGGGUGCUUCUGAUGGAUUGAGAAACCUGGUAUGGCCAAUCCGAUAUAAAAUCGCACUUGGUAUUGCUGCCGGCCUUGAGUAUCUUCAUAUAAUACAUAGACCCCGCAUAAUUCACAGAGAUUUGAAACCUGCAAACAUAUUGCUUGACAGUGAUCUAAAUGCUCGGAUCUCUGACUUUGGGCUUGCAAAAUUGGUGCCAGACUCGAUCAGCAGUGCAAUGAGAUCCAAGGUGGCCGGGACGCUAGGUUACAUUGCACCUGAAUAUCAUCAGACGAUGAUGUUUACUGAUAAAUGUGAUAUAUAUAGUUUUGGAGUGGUUCUAGCUGUACUGGUCACUGGCAAGUUUCCAACUGAUGAAUUCUUUCAGGGAACAGAUGAGAUGACCAUUAUGGGAUGGGUUCGGAAUGUGAUGAGGUCAGAUAAUCCGAGGAUAGCCAUAGAUCGGAAGCUGCUGGGGAACGGGUUCGAGGAGCAGAUGCUGCUGGUUUUGAAGAUUGCUUGCUUUUGCACUUAUGAUGAUCCAAAGGCCAGGCCAAAUAGUAGGGAUAUCCGAUGUAUGCUAUCUCAAAUCAAGCAUUAGAGGCGUU